CCCGUCCCCUGUCCCCGUCCCGCCCCGCCCCUCUACGCGCCUGCUGCCUACGCCUCCUUUUCCCCCAACCCCAGCCAGCCCACCCACAAGAGUAGGAGGAAUCAAUCCGCCCCAUGCCCACAUCCGUCGCCACGCACGCAUCCCUCCUCCUCAAAGCCGCAGCCGCCAAGCCCUUCUUCUCCCCCCGCGCGGCGGCCCGGAUCCACGCCCCCGCCCCUUCUCCUCACCCUCCUCCGCCCGCCGGCCGCCGCCUGCCGACCACGGCGCCCGCUCUCGCCGCCGCAGCCCGCCGGUUCCGGUGGCCGUCGGCGGCGCGGGGGCUGUGCGCCGCGCCGCAUUCCGGCGGCGAGGCGAUGGGAUCUGAGGCGGGGGUCGGGGCCAGGAAGAGGCCGGUGCCGGCGGUGAACGGGCUCGCCAAGGACGUGCCGGCGGUGAACGGGAUGACCAAGGAGGAGCCCGCCACCGCGCCGCCCAGGCUGCUCACGCUGCCCACCGUGCUUACUAUUGGCCGCGUCGCUGCCGUGCCGCUCCUGAUCAGCACUUUCUACAUGGAGGGUCCAUGGGCAGCUACGGCCACAACAGGCAUCUUCCUUGCUGCUGCAGUCACUGAUUGGCUAGAUGGUUAUAUUGCUAGAAAGAUGCAGCUAGGAACACCUUUUGGUGCAUUUCUUGAUCCUGUGGCUGACAAGCUUAUGGUAGCCGCAACAUUAGUUUUGCUAUGCACCAAACCUUUGGAAACAUCACUUCUCAAUGAUGGACCAUGGCUUCUAACAGUCCCUUCAAUUGCUAUCAUUGGGAGAGAGAUUACAAUGUCAGCUGUGAGAGAGUGGGCUGCAUCUCAGAAUAGCAAAGUUCUUGAGGCGGUUGCAGUUAACAACUUAGGGAAGUGGAAGACAGCAACACAGAUGACAGCACUGACUCUGCUUCUCGCCAGCAGAGACCCAAGUCUGCCUGCGCAAGGUGCUCUAGCUGCCCCUGGUGUUGCUCUACUUUACGUUUCCGCUGGACUCGCCAUAUGGUCCCUAGUGGUGUACAUGAGAAAGAUAUGGCGGAUACUUCUAAAAUAGUAUUAGCAUAUAUAUAGUGUAAUAGAAGAAACAGAAGCAAGGCGAGGUUCCAUUCAUGAUCGUACAACUUUUGGAAGGCUGUUUAGUUGAUUUGGUAGCCUGUGCCAAAGCUGGUUGUGAUCCUCAUUCCUCAGUAACUUGUGCGUCAUCUAUUUUUGGUGGAUUUGCCGCCAAAUUUGCUGAAGCUGCCAGGAUCCUAUUAGAUUCUUAGAAACAAGAUAUGAUGUGACCCUGCGUGCGUAAUCGGAUUUUAGUCUGCAAGUCCAAUGCAGAAGAUUGUAACCUUAUACGAACACAAAACCCGGAGGUUUGUGCGUGUGGAGUUCCAUUGUAAUCUACACAUAAUAUCAUAUGCCAGGAGCAUACAAGUAUUCUUUUCAGGGGUGACAGUAUCCCGUCUCUAUGUGUA